AUGUCAGGCAACUUAGCCUCUCUCCGACGUACGCAGACGGAUUUCACGGACCAAGCAUCGAGUCCCCUCCGCCAUGGAUCGACCGCGUCGACCAACUCAUCGAUUUACACCGUCUCGUCCAACUCGUUUGCCCCCAGUCGCACGAGCACCGUCUCCUCCACCGCGUCAACGGGUUCCGCAACCAAUUUCGGUCACAGAAGGGGGAAGAGCGAAGUAAACACAAAGAUCGCCGAGGAAAUGCCUGGAGGCGCGUCCGAAGGGAAAACAUGGGCCAAUGCGGGCGCCACUUAUGAGAACAUCCGCCGCUCAUUGCGACCACUGUCCCAAGCCCCCAGUUCCUCCCCACCGACAACAAAGCAACAUGCCUUUCGUCAUACCCGGAGCCAAACAGUUGAUAACCCGCAAUAUUGGAAGGAAAACCGUCCACAAACUCCCGAACACCACCAUGCGCACCAUCAGGAAGUCGAUACACCGAAGGAAAACGCGCCGCUCAAGGAUCUGACGCCCACAAAGGCCAACUCACCCCAUAAUUGGUCCCCGCAUGCUGCAUCGCCUCAUGCCGCAUCACAAGUCAGAGCGCAUCAUGCUCAUAGCUUGUCUAACCCGCCGCCGUUCACCCAUACCCUGUCGGCUCCCGAUCUCGAGACAUUCAAAAAAUCAUCGACCGGACAUCUUCGAACAUUAUCCAAAUUCGCGAAGUCGGGAGAGACCGAAGAGUUUGCUCUCAAUCCUUAUAGCCCCUCUGUGACCGGCCUGCAGGGACGACGACGGUUGAAGCGAGCCGACUCGGUGGCCGGAAACAAUGGUCCCGUUGUCGGACGCAAGAAGCCUGCUUCGGCAUGGGCGGCUGGGAAUUGGAUGGACAAGCAGCGGCAAUUCCUUCAGGCGUACGAGUAUCUCUGCCACAUUGGAGAGGCCAAGGAAUGGAUCGAAGAAGUGAUUCAGAAACAGAUCCCGCCAAUUGUUCAACUGGAAGAAGCCCUUCGUGACGGUGUAACUCUCGCAGAGGUAGUACAAGCAAUGUACCCCAACCGUACUUUGCGGAUUUUCAGACACGCGCGUCUCCAGUAUCGCCACUCAGACAACAUCGCACUGUUUUUCCGAUUCUUGGAUGAGAUUGAGUUGCCGGAGCUAUUCAGGUUCGAACUCAUCGAUCUCUACGAGAAGAAAAACAUCCCGAAGGUCAUCCACUGUGUCCACGCUUUGUCAUGGUUGAUGUUCAAGAAAGGCCUGCUCGAUUUCCGCAUGGGGAACCUGGUGGGUCAGUUGGAGUUCGAACACCACGAACUUGAGCAGAUGCAGAAAGGUCUCGACAAGGCAGGAGUCAGCAUGCCCAGCUUCAGCGGCAUGGCAGCAAACUUUGGAGCGGAGCCGGAACCCGAGCCUGAGCCUGAGCCUGAGUCCGAAGAAGAUCGAAUCCAUCGGGAACUCCAUGAAAACGAGGCUUCAAUUGCGGAUUUCCAAGCCCAGAUUAGGGGAGCGAUGAUGCGACUGAAGCUGGGUAACUUGAUGAACGACCUGUGGGAUUCCGAGCCUUUCCUGAUUGAAUUGCAGUCGAGGAUACGCGGCGACUGGGCUCGCCAGAUUGUCCAAUAUCGCCUGGACAUGAAAACCUUCGCUGUCAACCUGCAAGCAAUCUGUCGAGCCUUCAUUGUCCGAAAUCGCCAGAAGGGUGAUAAGCAGAGCUACAAGGCUCAGGAGCUCGAUGUACUGCGGCUACAGACCCUUAUCCGAGGAGCUAAAGCCAGGGCUCAAGUCAACCAGAUUCAAACACGCAUGCGGAAAGAGGAAUCCGGCAUUAAAAAAAUUCAGGCGGCCUUGAGAGGAGCGUUACAACGAAGGAAUAUCUGCGACCUUUACGAGGACACGAGAGAUUCGGAAGACCAAGUUCGAUUGUUGCAAGCCGCCAUUCGAGGCGCACUGCAGCGCAAACAGUUUUCAGAACAGCACGAAGCUACCCGGUCCACAGAGGGUCACGUGAAAUCGUUGCAGGCUGCUAUUCGGGGCGCCUUUCUUCGCAAGCAGAUCGCAGCGCAGUACGAAGCUACCCGAUCCACAGAGCAUCAUGUUCAAUUGCUACAGUCAGCCAUCCGGGGCGCAUUCCUUCGCAAGCAGGUCUCUAAACAGUAUGCAGCUGUUGGAUCGGCAGAAGACCAGGUUCGACUGUUGCAAGCUGCUAUUCGAGGCGCCUUUCUGCGUAAUCUGAUCUCGCAACAGUAUGAAGCUGUCCAAUCUACAGAGGACCAAAUUCGACUGUUACAGGCUGCCAUUCGAGGUGCUUUUGUGCGUAGCCAGGUCUCGGCGCAGUUUGAAGCAACACGAUCCGCAGAGGAAGAUGUCUUGAAGCUUCAAGCUUUUAUCAGAGGUGCCUUCGUACGACAGCAGAUGAGCGCUCAGCACAAGAAAAUCGACCAGGCUGGAGUAGACACGAAUCUUCUGCAGGCUGCAGUAAGAGGAAUGUUGGCACGGAAAAGUGUUGAGGAAACGAAGAGCUCCCUUGCUCAGGAGGUUCCAUCGAUUAUCUUCAUUCAAGCAGGCGCUCGAGCUCUUGCAGUCAGAAAGCUCCAAUCACACCAAGCUGAGGCUCUCGCAAAAACAGAAACCGAAUGCAGUUCGCUUCAGUCAAUGGCGCGUGGUGGUGCUGUCAGAGCAAGCCUUGAACGUCUCCGUCAAAAUUUACAUCAACAUGAACCGUCAUUCAUCGAGCUCCAAAGCAUUUCCCGGGCGAACGCUGUGCGGGACUUCCUGGAAUCCCAGCGAGUGUCUCUCAAGGAGGAGGAGGGAACUGUCCUUGAGAUACAGUCAAUGAUUCGGGGCGCUCUGCUGAGAAGAAAAUUGGAGGCUGAUGCUGCUGUCUUGCACGAGGAGGAGCCAGUGAUAAUUAACCUCCAGGCACUGGCUCGCGCUGCAAUCCUGAGAAUCGAAGUUGGUGGAAUCCUUGAGGAUCUUGAAGAUUGCGAGGAUGAAGUCAGCCUACUGCAAGCUCAAAUAAGGGCGAUGCUUGUUCGAGUAGAAGUUGGCCAAACACUAUCAGACCUUGCAGCUGCCGAGGAUGAUGUUAUGGAGUUCCAGUCACACAUUCGUGGACAUCUCGUUCGAACAAGGUUCGAAGAAAAGCGUCGCCAUUACCGAGAGAACAUGGACAAGGUGAUCAAGGCGCAAAGCUUUGUACGAGGCCGAAUCCAGGGACAGGCAUACAAGAGCCUUACGAGCGGAAAGAACCCGCCCGUAGGAACUGUCAAGGGGUUCGUGCACCUAUUGAAUGAUAGUGAAUUUGAUUUCGAUGAAGAGAUUGAGUUUGAACGGUCGCGGAAAUUGGUCGUUCAACAGGUGCGACAGAAUGAACUCGCUGAACAGUACAUCAGUCAACUGGACAUCAAGAUUGCUCUUCUGGUGAAGAAUAAGAUCACUCUCGACGAAGUCGUCAAACAUCAGAAGCAUUUUGGUGGUCACGUUGGAAACCUCUUGCCAAACAGGGAGAUAUCGUCGAAGGAUCCAUUCGACCUCAAGGCUCUGAAUAAAACCUCGAGGAGAAAGUUGGAACAGUACCAAGUUUUCUUCUUCCUCCUCCAGACGCAAUCCCAAUACCUGGCCAGGCUAUUCCGACGGAUGCGCGAGCUGAACACCUCGGAGAAGGAGUAUGAGCGGAUAAGACACCUGAUGAUGGGCCUGUUUGGAUACUCCCAAAAGAGGCGUGAAGAGUACUACCUGCUCAAGUUGCUCGCUCGCUCUGCUAGGGAGGAUAUUGAAAGCUUCGACUCGCUCCACGAGUAUUUGCGGUGCAAUUCUUUCUGGAACAAGCUUUUUUCGUCCUACAUGAAGUCUCCUCGCGAUCGAAAGUUCAUGCGCGACAUUCUGGGUACCAUCGUCAGAGACAAUGUGGUAGACAACCCAGAGCUGGACUUGGAGAGCGACCCCAUGCAGAUCUACCGCUCAGCUAUCAAUAAUGAAGAGCUUCGGACUGGCAAGCGAAGCCGACGCCGUCCGGAUAUCCCUAGAGAUCAGGCGAUUAGAGAUCCCGAGACGAGAACGACGUUCAUACAGCACCUUCAGGACCUUCGCGAUAUUUCUGAUCAGUUCCUGGCUGCCUUCGAGGAGCUCCUUUAUCGGAUGCCUUUUGGAAUCCGGUAUCUCGCGAAGCAGAUGUAUGAGAGUCUGGUCACUCGAUUCCCUCGAGAGGAUCCUGGAUUUAUUCUCCAGACCACGGGCCACUGGGUGUGGAGAAACUACUUCCAGCCUGCCAUUGUCGAGCCCGAGAAGUACGGAGUGAUUGACCGUGGGCUGACCCAGGAGCAAAAGCGCAAUCUGUCGGAGAUCGCAAAGGUGCUCACACAGGUGGCUUCCGGUCGUCUUUUCGGGAACGAGAACCCUUAUCUUGGGCCGCUGAAUAGCUACAUUGGGGAUUCAAUCCAGCGACUUGGCCAGAUCUGGGGCGAGAUGAUAUCUGUCCAGGACGCGGAGGCUUAUUUCGACAUCGAUGAGUUCAAUGAUCUAUAUGCCAAAACAAAGCCGACCCUGUACAUUAAGAUGUCCGACAUCUUCUCCAUCCAUCAGCUUGUCGCCAGUGAGAUUCACUACAUCUGCCAGAACCCAGACGAUAUUCUGAAGGAGGUCAUCCGUGACCUGGGUAACGUCAAGUCCAAUGAGAACGAGCUGAUGAGCGUCAACUCCUCGGAAAUCAGCCUCACGCUGAACCCUAAGCUUGCCCAGGUUGAAGAUCCGGAGGCCGAUGUGAAAGCAUUGUUCAUGGAAACGAAGCGAUGCAUUCUCUACAUUAUCAGGGUCCAGACAGGCGCCAACCUGAUGGAGAUCAUGGUCAAGCCCCCAACGGAGGAGGAUGAAGCCAAGUGGAUGAUGCUGGUGCGCGACGAGUUGAGUGCAACCAACACUCGACGCAGCGCAUACGCAGAAGCCAACACCAUGGUUGACAUUGCCUCCAUGAGCUACUCGGAAUUGAAACGGACCGCGCUGGAAAACAUCCUCCAGCUUGAACAAACCGGCAAGAUCCGUCGGGACAACCACUACCAGGACCUCCUCAACGCCAUUGCCAUUGAUAUCCGAACGAAGCACCGCCGAAGAAUCCAGCGAGAGCGGGAGUUGGAUAGCGCUCGGAUGACGCUCACUCGUCUCAACGACCAAGCUUGCUGGCUGGACCAGCAGCUCAAGACGUACAACGACUACAUUGAGCAGGCCAUGAUGACACUGCAGAACAAGAAGGGGAAGAAACGGUUCCUCAUGCCGUUCACCAAGCAGUGGGAUCAUCAACGCGAGCUUCAGAAAUCGGGCAAGGUGUUCAAGUUUGGCUCCUACAAGUACUCGGCCCGCAAUCUGGCGGACAAGGGUGUUCUCGUCCACUGGAAGGGCUACACCGAGCGGCAGUGGGACCGGGUCGACCUGACCAUUUCGAGCAAUGAAGUCGGUGUCUUCACUAUCGAUGGAAGUAGCGGGCCGAUGAUGGUCCCGGGUGCCAACGCGCAAGUGCCGUUGGACGACCUGCUGCAAGCUCAAUUCAACAACAUGCAGUUCCUGGACUUCUUCGAUGGGAACCUACGAGUCAACGUCAACCUUUUCCUGCACCUGAUCAUGAGGAAGUUCUAUAAUGAGUGAUUGAGUGGUUCUAUGGUGAGCCACGUUGCUUCGACAGUCUCUUCGCUUUAUGUUUAUGAUUUUCCUUCCCCUAUUUUUGUUUCCAUUUGUUUUGACCCUGGCUUUCCCUCUUCGUUUCUCUGUGAUAUCCCUUCCCAUUUGAUGAUAUGUCGAUGAAAAGGCUCGUCCAGCAGGCCGGGUGGCGAGGACGAGCCAGUGAUGCCCUUUUCUGUUAUGCUUCGUUGAGUACCCCUUUUGUUUUGUGGCUUUGAUUGCCUUUGGUUGCUGCAGCUCUUGCCCGAUGGUGCUGCGGCGGCUAGCCUGUCCCUGUCAUGUUGCGUGGGUCUGCGUUGUGAUGAUUUAAUGAUUGUAUGUAUGUAUGUAUCCCGUAUAUGCCUGAUGUGCACCGGUGUGUACCGGAACAUCUGUCAAGGGCGAGCAAUGACGAGUCUUU